AUGAAUUCAUCUGAAGUAUCUCAGAAUAUUUGUUCUAAUACAUCAAAUGUAAUAUAUUCUGACCAAUAUCCAACAACUAGCAUGAAUCGAAAAAGAAAUAAAGAUAAUCCAAUUGGGGAAAAACAAGGUGGUCGUAAACGUGCAGCAUUAAAACGACAUAAACUUAUUGAGCGAAAUCGACGUAUGGUAUGGUCAAAACAUAUGAAAGAAUUAUCAGCAUUAAUUAAACAACAAUAUAUUACAAAAUCAUCAAAAAUUUCUCAAGUAAAUUUACUAAAAAUUGCUGGCGAUUUAUUAAAUAAUAUUAAUUUACGUUAUGAAAAUGAAUCUGUAUUACCAUCAUAUUUAACUAAAGAUGAAAAUCAUUUUUUAAAUGUUGAAGUAAGUAAUUCAUUUUUAUUUAUGACAACUAUGGAAUCAUCAUUAUAUCGUAUAAUACAUGUAACUGAUUCUAUUGAUCGAGUACUUCAUAUAACAUCGGAAAAAUGGCUUGACCAUGAUCUACUUUCAUUCAUUCAUUCAGAUGAUUUAUCUCAAGUUCAAAACCAAUUAAUAUCAUUAACUAAUGAUACUACUCGAAAAUUUUCUGUUAAAUGUCGAAUAAAACAAGGAAAUGAUUCAUAUUCAUCCGUUAUUAUUAAUGGUAUGAUAAAACAAGUUGAUCAAUUCUUAAAACCUGUAUCAAAAAAUGAACAAGGAUAUUCUGUUUUUAUUGGUAUCUGUUAUUUACCUUUAAUAAAUGAAUAUAGUGAGAAAAAUAUGUGUCUUUACAAAAAUCCACAAUCAUCGAUAUUCUCUUGUCGAUGUUCACCAAAUGAUUGGAAAAUUUUUCUUAUUGACCACUCAAGAACAACGUUUCCAUUGACAUCAAUGGAUAUAUUUUACAAUAAAUCAAUUCUGGAUUUUAUCUAUAUUGAUGAUCAGUUGUAUUUUUAUCAAACAUUGUUAAAGGUAAUUUCAGCAUCAACACAUGAUUUAAUACCAUGUCGUUUUCUACAUGCACCAAUGCUAGUUGAAAUAAAAUCAUUUAUCAAUCCAAGUAAUCAACAAAUUGAUUUUAUUGAAUUAAUAUUUGAAAGUAUAAACUCACUAAACAAGAUAAGAUUUUAA